AUGAAGUUCGGACUCCAGAUCCUGGACCAGUCUGUGCCUGAAUGGCGUAUCAAUAACAUCGACUACGAUGCGCUAAAGAAGGGAAUUCGACGUGUGACUACUCAGAAGGCUGAUAGGGGUUCCGGAGGCGUAGGGCAAUCUCUCGACGCCAUGGACCCCUUGGGGUCUACAGGAUCCAUAGAGUCCAACGCCCAGCCCGCACAACUCGCCCAGCUCAAACAACAAUUCCGUCAUCAAUUCCGUGGUGUCAACCUCUUCGUUAGCAUGAAAAUCAAAGAAAUCUCCACCCGACUUGUCUCUGUCGAAUCCUCGAUUUUAAAACUCCAGCGCCAGACCCUAGAGCUUGACCGCCAAUCGGGCUCCAACAAGCAGCGGCGAGCGCGCCAGUUGCGUCUCAUUACGUCGCAUCUCGAGCAUUGCAAUGCAGAUUUGCUCAAAGUUUCCCGUUUCCUCAUCUUGCAGAAAAUCGCGGUCCGCAAGCUGCUCAAAAAGUUCAGAAAACACUAUCCGUACGGCGAUGACGCCGCACAAGCGUUUAUCAGCGAGGUUACCGAGUGUCCUGAGCUCACAGAGGGCCAUGAAGGCGUCUCGUUCACCACGGUGGACCUCGAUCCUUACCUGCUUGAGAUCUCGUUGGUUAUGGACGUUCUUCAAGAUAUGGGCCAGGACUCGAACUACGAGCGGAAUUCGUCUGCGUCUGCUUCAGAGGAUAAUGGGUUUUCCGGUGCGUCGCGUGGACUUUCCGUCGCGUCGAACGCCGGUUCCAUCACCACUGCAUUGAAAUUUGAUACCGUUUUCGCCGGACUUUCGUCUCGACUACAGGCGCUUCUCGUCUCCGAACAGAGCGUCGCAGAAUUGAAAUUUGCCCUCGUUUCGCUUGGAUUCCACGUCGUUGACGAGGAAAACAUCUCUGCGUCCCGGCAAAUCAUCGACAGCACCGGUUCUCCCGACAUCUCACCCAGAGGACAAGUCGAUCCCAAAUUAGUCAAGCCUGUCAAGUCGUUUCAGGAUCUGCAACAAGCCAUGAACCAAAAACAAAACACUCCGUUGCAAAAUAAAAAGCCUAAUUUACCCAUUGCUCUCACAAUGCUAGAGUCCAGUGAACCACCGGGUUUCGUUCGCGAUAACGCCAUCAAUCAAUUCCCCAACAUGAUAAUUCACGGUCAAAAACCUAAUCGUUGCGCGCUGAAUUGCCAUGUGGGUGGACUCAGAGACCAUGUUACCACCGAAAGCAUUCCUUUAAGAUUGGUGUCAAAUUUCAUAUACCAUGGACACGAGCAGCACGACAAUGAAUUGCCGUCAAAUCUUGCAUUAGCACCCCUUGAUAAACUAUGCUUGGAAUGGAUUUUUACCCGCAAAAAAAAGGCCAUUAAGCCUCUAAUUCUUUUGAAAAGAACUAGAUUCAUGAAAUCGGUCGGAAAUAUGACCUAUUUGAUUUCUGUCGAGGAAGACAUCACUUUGGACAGAACGCUGUUGUUGCCAACAUGUCACAUGGAGAUAAGGACUGUUUCGACUCAUUCCAGUGCACACCCGGCCGCCGAUGAAGACCUAGUAACCUGUUCCGUCAUAAAAGAAAUUUUGGACAAGAAAUUGUUAUGUUAUCCCUUGGAUUACAAUUCGACCCUUUGGCGUUUGGCAUAUGAACUGAGGGACUCGCAGGAUAUCAAGAAAAGUUUUGUAAAAUAUUUCGACGAUUCACACACUGCCAGAGACGUAGCGGCUCUCUUUGACUUGGGCCAUGUACUUAUGGAAGACUACUUCCAAGUUGAAAAGUCAAAUCGAGCGCUCCCUUCCAUCAUGAACAAGAAAAAAAGACAAAGCCUCGCACCUCCUCCAGACAAAGCUAAUAUUAUUCGAUAUUGGAAUGAAUUUGACGACCCAGAUGAGAAUGCAGACGAAGAUGGGUUCUACACCAACAACGAUUUGGAGCUGGGGAGAGGAACUGGCGGAGAACUAAUUGUUUUGAAUAAAAGACUCGUCAAGACUGCUUACAACGUCUUCCAGCACAUCAACGGCUUUUUCGGAUGUGCAUCUCAGGAACGAGAAUACUUGCUCUCCAAAAGACACGCGUUUUACUCUCAAGGGUCGGUAAGCAGCUUUAAUACGACUCCAGAAGAAAGUAACGAUAAUGACCUCAGUGCUGACUAUAGAAGAAUUGAGGCAUCCUUGCUAGACACUCAAUCUGUGUUCGAAUAUCAGCAUGAUCAAGUGUUAUCUUUCCUAUAUUUGUCCACCAUGCUUGUGUCUUGUGUGACUUCUGGUGUUGCCUGCGGAGUCUUGAUUUCGCUAUUCCGCAUGCUAGAUGACACUGGGACGCAACUAGACAAUGGUGGCGCGCUGGUAGCGGUAACCAUAAUUUCCCUUGCGACUUCUUUCACUUUGACUUGUACCAGCCUAUUGCUUCUAUUCAGUCGUUUCGAAAUGGCGCCGUGGUGGCAUUACAUAAGCUGCUUUUUACUCUUCUUCUUGGUAACUUGCAGCGUAUGUUAUGGGUUGGUCGAGCUCUUUCUUUGA